GAGUGAAAACAACAAGCGGCUAUGGUGAGUUGAGAAAAUCUAUCCACACGAGUGAGGCGGUCCGUGACAAAGUCUAAAAAAUUCCAACACAAGGCAAGCGAGCGGCACGAGUAGUUGGUACUUCCUUUUAAGACUCUCCAUCCAUAAAAGCCUAUCUUUUUGACAAUUCAUUCAACAAUCUCGAAGUUCAAAGUUUUAAAGAGGUUCUGAAGUGGGGGUCCCUGCGAACUGGGAUUUCUGCAAUUUCUGCUCAAAAUGGCUUGUAGACUUGCAGAUUCUAUGUUCCUCUCCAUGGGCCCCCAUCAAAAUCCAAUUCGAAGCCAAAGAAUUGGAACCCAUUAUUCUUCAGGAAUCUGCUAUUUGAAAUGGGACAGCCUUCCCCAAAAGGGCAUCAAACGUCAACGGUUUUUAACUCGUAGAAAUUGGACGACGGUUGCAAAAGCGGUUGCCAUUCCAGUUGCACCAUCUUCACCAGACAAUGCUGAGUAUAGAAAACAAUUAUCUGAAAGUUAUGGUUUUAAACAAAUUGGAGAACCACUCCCAGAUAAUGUUACGCUGAAGCAUGUCAUUGAUACCCUUCCGAAAAAGGUUUUUGAGAUUGAUGAUGUGAAAGCAUGGAAGUCAGUUCUAAUAUCUGCCACUUCCUAUGCAUUUGGGCUCUAUAUGAUUUCAAAAGCCCCAUGGUAUCUACUUCCUCUGGCUUGGGCAUGGACAGGGACUGCAGUUACUGGGGUUCGUUCAAAACCCAUCUCUUCAUCUUAUUUUUUUGUUAUAGGUCAUGAUUGUGCACACAAAUCAUUCUCAAGAAACAAAUUAGUAGAAGACAUUGUUGGAACACUGGCCUUUUUGCCGUUGAUAUACCCAUACGAACCAUGGCGGUUUAAGCAUGAUCGACAUCAUGCAAAAACAAACAUGUUGAUUGAGGAUACAGCUUGGCAGCCUAUUGCUAAAGAAGAAUUUGAUUCAUCUCCUCUUUUUCGCCAGGCAAUCAUGUAUGGAUAUGGCCCAUUUCGGCCCUGGAUGUCAAUAGCUCAUUGGUUGCUAGUCCACUUCGAUUUGAAGACGUUCAGACCAAGUGAAGUGAAAAGGGUGAAGAUAAGUUUGGCUUGUGUUUUUGCGUUUAUGGGGAUUGGAUGGCCAUUGAUUGUGUUCAAGACAGGGAUAUUGGGAUGGGUAAAGUUUUGGUUGAUGCCAUUUUUGGGCUAUCACUUUUGGAUGAGUACAUUCACGAUGGUACACCAUACGGCACCUCAUAUACCAUUCAAAUCUGCAGAUGAGUGGAAUGCUGCUCAGGCUCAACUUAAUGGAACAGUUCAUUGUGAUUACCCUCAAUGGAUUGAGACCCUCUGCCAUGAUAUCAAUGUCCAUAUACCCCACCAUAUAUCUCCCAGGAUUCCAAGUUAUAACCUACGAGCAGCUCACAAGUCGCUUCAAGAAAACUGGGGAAAGUAUCUGAACGAGGCUACAUGGAAUUGGCGUUUGAUGAAGACGAUACUGACAGUGUGCCACGUUUACGACAAGGAGCAGAAUUACGUUGCCUUUGACCAACUUGCCCCUGGAGAGUCUCAUCCAAUCAAGUUCCUUAAAAAAGUGAUGCCUGAUUAUGCUUGAUCAACUUGUGUGCCUUGUGGUGUGGGGUCACAGCCAUUUAGGUCCUUGUCUGUUACACACUUCUUUUUGGGUCAAGAUAGGUAUGCUAUCCCGUUUUCUUUUACAUGUUGAUGUUGUUAUUGCUUGUGUUUACACAACCAUUUUUCAAAGUUUUUGACUAUAAAUAGAGGGAAUAACUGAGGGAAAUUUCCUAGAAGUUCACAGUAAAAGAUGGUUGAUAAUCAUGCACUAGUAAUCCUCUGGACCUUGAAUUGUUAUUGGAUGACCGAAACUUCCUUGGUGAUGA